CCUUUAGACUCAAACUAUUGAGCGGAACGUUACCAUCUAGACAACUACUACACGACCGUUACCUGAGUACUUAUACUGAUAGCCUCUGCCCUAGGUGCCUAACAGUAGUGGAGACUCAAAGUCAUAUCUUUGAUUGCUACAAAAAUAUCGCAGCAUACAGCAUAAUGGAAAACAAAAUAAGAACAAGUCUGAUAAAGCUCAUAAGAAAAAAUAGUAAUAGGAAGAACCUAACAGAAAUCGAAAGAAAUCUGCAAAAAUUAGACUUUGGCCGAAAAUCUAGCCUUAACAAACUUGUUAGCGGAAUGCUAAACAUAGACAUACAAUUAUCUAUCGCCAGCCAUGCCAAGAUGGCAAACAAAAUACUAGCCUUAUUAUACUCACAGAUAUGGAUUCCAAGAUCAGCAACUGCUAACACAUCUGAAGUAAAGUGA